CGGCCCAGCCUCGGCCCCGCCAGCGCCCGGCCCCCCGCGGCAGGAUGGUGCGGAAGCUGAAGUUCCACGAGCAGAAGCUGCUGAAGCGGCUGGACCUGGUGAGCUGGGAGGCGGCCUCGGGGAACCUGGCCGAGCUGCGGGUGCUGCGGCGCUACCGCCUGCAGCGCCGGGAGGACUACACGCGCUACAACCAGCUGAGCCGGGCUGUGCGGGAGCUGGCGCGCCGCAUCCGCGACCUGGGCCAGGCCCACGCCGCCUUCCGGGCCCGCUGCACCGCCGCGCUGCUGGAGAAGCUCUACGGGCUGGGGCUGGUGAGCUCCAAGCACUCGCUGGAGCUGUGCGACCGGGUCUCGGCCAGCUCCUUCUGCCGCCGCCGCCUGCCCUGGCUGCUGCUCCGGCUCCGCAUGGCCCAGAAGCUGCGCGACGCCGUCACCUUCAUCGAGCAGGGACACGUGCGGGUGGGGCCCGAGGUGGUGACCGACCCCGCCUACCUGGUGACCCGGGCCAUGGAGGAUUUCAUCACCUGGACCGACUCGUCCCGCAUCCGCCAGCACGUGCUGAACUACAACCAGGAGAGGGAUGACUUCGACCUGGCCUGCUAGGAUAAUCCACCCCACCAGCCUGAGAGGAGACUCUGGACCCGGAUAUGCUGCCUCUCCAUGCCGCGGGGAGUGGGGCUUGGCCUGCAUGUGCUGCCCAGGCCCAAUUCUGUGUGUCACCUCCCCCUCCAAAGGGAUUCCUGGCCCAGAUGGGCCUUGUCUGAUACCACCCACCACCUCUGCAAAGGGCUCUUGGCUCACUUGUGCUACUAUGCCUGCUUCCGACCACCUCCCUGUGAAGGGAUCCUGGCCAGGUGGGCUGAGGCCAGUAACACCCACCUCCUGUAGGAAGGGACUUCUGACCAGAUGGGCUGUAAGUCACUGUCUCCAAGCCUCUGCCACCUCUGUGACAUUGUACCCUCCUGCUGCAAAGACCAUUAGCAGAACAGACAGAAUGGUGGUGUUGUGUUGUCACCAUCAAAGGGGUAUCUAGAAGGGACUGAUGAACAAAUGCUCUCCUGGCCAGGAAAACAAUGUAGAGGGUGACUGAAGAUGUAAAUGCUGUUGCACAAACGUGAUGGUGGAACAGAUACAGGUUUUAUACUUUGUCUUGUCAAAGAGUUUCUCUCUCAACAAUAGUCUCUCCUUCAAAAAUAAAUCAACAGGGAUAGUUCUGUUUUCAGAAUUAAACUUUGCUAGUUAUGCUAACAUUGUAAUCUGUAGCAAUAGCUAAAACAGUCCUCAUGACUUUCUAACGUUUAAUAAAGCUGAAAUUACUUGUCUUACAA